ACUGACUCGCAAAUAUCCUAAAAAGGCGGCGUUCAAACGAGCCGAGUUUGGGUAAACUUGACAAUUCCCACAGUCGAGUAGAGAAUUUGAACGCAGCAUCAGCUGUCGCUGUGCAGUUGAGGCGUUUUCCCCCUCCCUCACUGUGUAGUCGACCGCAAGACAUGGAUGUGUUUCUCAUGAUCCGACGUCACAAGACGACCAUCUUCACAGAUGCCAAAGAAUCCACUUCGGUGUACGAGCUGAAGCGCAUCGUGGAAGGCAUCCUCAAGAGGCCGCCCGAGGAUCAGAUGCUUUACAAGGACGACAUGCUGCUGGAAGACACUCAGACGCUGGGAAACUGUGGCUUCACAAACCAAACAGCACGACCUCAGGCCCCCGGCACUGUGGGACUAGCGUUUCGUCUCGAUGAUUCAUUCGAGCAGCUGAGCAUCGAGCCGUUCUCAACCCCCCCUGAGCUCCCCGACGUCAUGAAGCCGCAGGACUCGGGCAGCACAGCCAACGAGCCGGCCGUACAGUGAGAGAGAAGAGAGAGAGAGGCAGGGGUGGGGGGUUUGCACCGGGGUGGGCAGGGCGGGAGGGAACAUUUUGGAAAGUGUCGCCUCAGCGGCUCGUCUCGCGGACAACACUUCUGGAGCCGGACAGAAACAUACACGGGUUGUUUUGUGCGUGCAGGCGAUGCAUUUUAGAUCCAUUUUCACACCCCACACUGGUCAACACUGUUACCUGGUAGAGGCUCAACAUGUAAAGCAUUGUACCUCCUAUUUAAUUAUGUCUAGUCUUUAUUUGAGCUGCCUUACUUGUGCGUGUUUGUUUAUUUACUGGCUUCGAUGUGGGGGCGUCAACCAGGAGAGACCUUUUUAUGCUUUGUUUGUGUUAAAACUAUUAUGAGCAUUUACUGGCUGGUUUUGGGGUAUCCAAACAAAUUCACGCUGAUCGUUUGCUGCAACACACUGGCAGCAAAGUGAACCAUGUUUAUCCCGAUCUUACAUCCUGGCUAAUGUUUGAUUGUAGCACACAGCGUCUCGUCCAUCUUAAUCCGUGGGCCCGGUAAAUGUUUAUAGAUUCUAAAGAAAUGUAAGUUAAGGAAGUAGCGUUUGAGCCCUCCUGUUACCCCACAAUCACUGAAAGGUUUAUUGUAUUUGCUUGUAUACUAUUUAUACAUUGUUACAGAUUGUUUUCCUGAAAUUAAAACACAAGGCGAAUGGAACGCAGCUAAACUUGAGUGUAAUAUUUAUGAUUUAGAUGAUCAACAACUACAAAGCCAAAUCCUCCGUGAGUCAUUUGGGGCGAGGGGGGGGCAUCCUCGGGUGCUUGAAUGAAAUUGACAGAGUUGACUUUGGGCCAC